ACAGAGAACAGAGACGUAAAGUCAAACAGUAGCAGUAGUCAGUAGCAGCAACAACAGGAACCAGCAACAGCGAGCAGCAGCAAGAACAACGUCAAUGAAAUAUAUCAGCUGAUGAGUGACAACAGACUGAUGAUCGUUGUCUUGGGGACUUGGUUAUGGCGACAAGCAGCUCCGAUGGUUCUUAUACGGCUCCAGCUGAUUUUCAAUUAUCCUCUGAAUUAGAAGACGUAUCUAGUCGUCUGAGUGUUAAUUUAUUGAAGUGUCCAUUGUGCCAUUAUAGUAGACGAAUAUUUUACUGCAGGCAGUGUGUCCAAAAUGGUGACUUUGUACAUUCAACUUCUGUUUACUCUGAACGGUUUGCGGAUAAACAGCUACGGUUGUUACGGUUGAAAGCUGCCAGAGCUCAAUUGGAAGAAAAGUGGACCAAAAUAUUUGAAAAGCAUCGUCAGAAAGAUAAACUGACAUGUGAUAUCAAUAUAUGUAAAGAAAGAGUGAGAUUACUACAGAGUCUUAUAAAUGAAACAAAGCAAAGUAUAAACAAAGGAAACGAACGGCUGAAUAUUUUGAAGGAUGCCAAUUCUCAGAUAGUCCAGCGACUGCCGAGACACGAGAAUCGGGUCGAAAGAGUCCACGAGUUUAUCGGGGAACUCAAGAACAAACAGGAAAAGCAGAGGGGAAAUGUUGAUAGAAAACGUAAGAGGUUGAAGAGAGUCAUCAGAACAGCGGCUAGACAACUAGUCCAAUACAUAUUUCCGCUGUGUCAAGUUGAAGCCGAGCGAAGUUUUUGUCGUAGCGAUGAUGACAAUCCCAGUGCUGAUGUCGUAACAUGCGCAUUAGCUGAUGCAUCAGGUACUUCGUAUGUCAGAGGCCGGUGGAUUAGCGACUCUGAAAAUAGUUUGGAGAUGCACCAUCGUAUCGUCGCUCCAACUCUACCAGGUUCCGGUGACUAUAGCGCUUACUCACUUUGGGUUGCAGCAAGUAAAGAUGGAACACCAGGGUCUAAUAAAGAAAAUACGAUGAAUAAUCCCGCGUACAAUAUCAGUGCAGCUCUUACGUAUGCUACUCAACUAGUCAACGUACUUGCUUACUACAUAAAUGUUAGAUUACCAUAUAAAUUAACGUACGGGGAAUUCUGCGGUAAUGAAAUGUCGGAGCAAAAAUUUGCGAGAAAAGUUGCUCGAUUAAACAGCAAUAUAUUACAUUUAUGUUUCACUCAGAAUACAAAUCUGUCGGUAUUACAUCCAAUGCACACUCUUCAGAAUCUUAUGCACUUGCUCAAUACUGAAAUAAGUGAUCUUGGCAGGAUUGGCCCAAUGGAAGUGGAUCCAAGUAUAGUGGAAAAAUUACACAACCAGUUGACUUGUGAUCUGGAGAACAGCGACGACUCGGGCUCCGACGAAGAGGAAGACGCUUUUAAUUGGGAGUGGGAGGCUGUUCCAAAUGUCGCGUGUCCGGAAAUGCAAGUUCCUCAUCCAGGUGCGAUAACGAGCCAACAGUCCUCUAGUAUUCAUGUUAAUCAGAGCGUUGCUGGAGGCUUGGUGACAAGUGCCGCGGCUAGUAUUGCCUCCAUUUGGCGAGGAUGGACUACCAAUAGAUAGAAUAAAAUAAAAGUAAAAAUAAAAAACAAUAGUUAAUAAAAAGAAAUUGAAUAACUCAUAAAAUUGAUUUAUUUGAUUUCUUUUAUCUUAAUUUUAAAAGAUUUCGGACUUUUCAACCUUUGGAGUUAUAUUUUUUUAUCGAAAAAAACAAAAAACAUUUGACUUUUUAAUCAACGAAACAUAUUAUUAUAUUAAUUCAUUAAGCACAAUAGAAAUAAUUCAUUAAAAAUAAUAAUAAUUAUAAACUACAUAUAACAUAAAGUUAUUGUUAGUAGAAGUUCAAGUCGUUGUAAUAUUUAUGACGAUUAUUAUAUUAAUAAUAAUGAUAAAAAAUAUGUGAUAUAUUCGAUUCUAUAACAAAUAUAAGUACAUACUCGAAUAACAAAUAAUUAUUGUAAUUCGAAAUAUAAAUAGUAUAUUGAAAUAGUUUAUUGAUUGAGUAAUAAUCUAUAUUAAGAUUUAAUUGUAAGUUUUAAUUAAUAAAUAUAUAUCUAUCUAUAUAUAUAUGAAUAACAAUUUUAUAUAUGAAAAAAAAGUUACAGUACAGUUCACUCCAUAUAAUCAGCACAAAUAAAAUAAAAUAAGUACAAUUUUAAUAAAAAAAAAAAAAGUUGUCGCAAUUAAUGGCGACUUUGAUUCUCGCAGUGUCUGAUAGAAUAAACUGUAGAUCUCUUGUUUAAUUAUAAGCGUAUUAAAAUAAUUUUUAAUAAAAAACAAAAUAAAAAAUUAAUGUUUUAAUUUUUAUUCACUAAUUAAUUAACCACACCAGUCUAGUACUAAAAUAAUUAUAAUAAUUAACAUUACAAUUACUUUAUUGUAGGUUUUAAAAUGAAUUGGCAACAUUUAAAUACAUCGUAAUUUGUGCAAUGGGUAGUAAUUAAUAAUUAAAACUAGAAGACAGU